AUGGGCUGCAAUUUGUGCACUUUGCAGAAGAGAGAGGAACACUACAAGCUGCUCUAUGAGAUCGCACAGGUGAAUGGGAAGGACCUGUCUCGCGCCAGCCAUGAGGAGGCGGUGGAGGCCUUCCGCAGUGCCAAGGACCCCAUCGUGGUGCAGGUCCUGCGGCGGAACCCCGUGGCACGGCCCCACGGGCCCGCUCAGGACGCCCAGCUGGUGGACGUGUGCACGCAGACGGAGAUCACGUUCGAGCACAUCAUGGCUCUGGCCAAGCUUCGCCCGUCCACACCGCCCGUGCCUGACAUCUGCCCCUUCCUGCUCUCCGACAGUUGCCAGUCUCUCCACACCAUGGAACAGGAGUACUACGAUGGCUCUGAGUACCUCUCCAACAUGGCGGCGGACGUCGAGAGGACGGAUGACUUUGAGUACGAGGAGGUGGAGCUGUGUCGGCUGAUCAGUCAGGAGAAGCUGGGCCUGACGCUGUGCUACAGAACCGAUGACGAGGACGACAACGCUAUCUACGUCAGCGAGAUUGGUCCAAACAGCAUUGCCGCCAGAGAUGGACGCAUUCGAGAAGGGGACCGCAUUUUACAGAUAAAUGGCCAGGACGUGCAGGACAGAGAGGAGGCAGUGGCUGCGCUGGCCAGCGAGGACAGCAGGAACAUCGUGCUACUGGUGGCCAGGCCUGAGCUGCAGCUGGAGGAUGGCUGGUUGGAUGACGAGCACAGUGAGUUCCUGGAGGAGCUCAAGAUGGAGAUGCUGGAGGAGCAGAGGAGAGAGGAGGAGGAGAUGGAGCGAGCUGCUAAGCUGCAAGAGCAGCCCAGGAGGAGACCGGAGGGUGACAUCAGCGGUGACGCGGCCACCUGCUCCUCCUCGGCCAAUCGGGACAAGGACAGCGGCCUGGGCCGCGGCGACGUCAGCUCGGAGCAGGAGAUGCUGGCCCACAUCCAGAAGCGGCUGUCCCAGUGCCUGCGGGAGCGGCGGGAGGCCUGCCACCCGGCCGAGGUGCCCGGCGCGGGGAGCCGGCAGGCGGGGUGUGAGCCCGGGGCCGAGGGCGACCGCUUCCAGCAGCUGCUGGAGCUCAAGUGCCAGAUCCGCAACAGCGGCGAGUACGACCUGUUCUACAGCCGCAGCAGCACCAUCGAGUGCAGCCUGACGGAGCCGGGAGGGGUGGAGCGCGAGCUGAGGAUGCUCAACGAGGAGCUGCGCAGCAUCGAGCUGGAGUGCCAGAGCAUCAUGCAGGCGCACCAGCUCCGCAAGCGCGAGCCGCGGGCCCCGGCCAUGGUCAAGGACGGAGGGGGCAGCCCGCGGAGGCACCACCAGGGCCAGGCCGGGGGCAGCGGGACGGCCGGUGGCGGCAAGCUGGCGGACAUCCACGAGCACCCGGAGAAGUCGGACAAGGACAACAGCUCGAGCGCCUACAACACGGCCGAGAGCUCGCGCAGCACGCCGCUGGCCAUGGACCGCUCGCCCGAGCACUCGCUGCAGCGGCUGGUCAGCCUGACCAACCAGCGCAACCUCCGCAGCACCCUGGCCGCCGCCGCCGCCGCCGCUACCGCCGCCACCGCCGGACGCUCCUCGCCCUCGUCCGCCUCCUGCCCGGCCCGCCGCGCGCCCAGCGGCAGCCCCGACCACAGCAACCCGUCCGAGUCGGAGCAGACGCCGCCGCCCCCCCAGCCGCCGGCCGUUCGCCCCUCGCGCAUCCCCUACUUCUCGCCCAGCCACAGCUCGCCGUACCGCCACGCCGACAUCCCGGCGCACGCGCGGCACUACCAGAGCUACAUGCACCUGGUGCAGCAGCGCUCGGCCGUGGAGUACGCCCAGAGCCAGCUCAGCCUGUUCGGCGUGUGCCCCGGCGAACCCCAGGCGCCCGCCGCGUCGCGGGACCCCUCGCUGUCGCCGUCGCUGGACCCCAAGCUGGAGUGGAAGGUGAAGGUGCGCAGCGACGGCACGCGCUACAUCACCAAGCGGCCGGUGCGCGACCGGCUGCUGCGCGAGCGCGCGCUCAAGAUCAGCGAGGAGCGCGGCGGGGGGAUGACCACGGACGACGACGCCAUGAGCGAGAUGAAGAUGGGGCGCUACUGGAGCAAGGAGGAGCGCAAGCGCCAGCUGCUCAGGGCCAAGGAGCAGCGGCGCCGGCGGGAGUUCAUGCAGCGCAGCCGCCUGGAGUGCCUGCGCGAGAACCCGCAGAGCGGCGGGGAGGGCUCGGGGGGCUCGGGCCCGGCCUCUGCCGGCGGCUCGCCCCGCAAGGAGGUCAGCAUCAUCGAGCUCAGCCACCGCAAGAUGAUGAAGAAGCGCAACAAGAAGAUCCUGGACAACUGGAUGACCAUCCAGGAACUGAUGACCCACGGCGCCAAGGCGCCCGAGGGAGCCAAAGUCCACAAUGCCUUCCUGUCCGUCACCACUGUAUAG